AUGUGUGCAACAAAUAUCACUUUAAUAGCUGAUUUGGAUGUAAUAAGGGAUGAUUUGAGUCUGAAGGGGAGCAAAAUACAAGCAGCUGUCCCUAAAAAAUUGCUCUAUCGAUUCAAAAAUGUUUUGAAAGAUGGGAAGUCAUAUUACAUAACAUGUCCAAGCUUUGCAGCUCUGAAGCAUGAUACUUUUAGGCUAACUCCCCAAGAUCAGAAACUCGCAUUUGUGCAGGAAACCGUUGUUAAAGAAUGUACCGAAUUUAGCGGGCCUAGAUUUGGUUUUUCUUUUGUUGAUUUUCAAUCUGUACUGUCAAUGGUUCAUCCUCAAAAUUUGUCACUCAUGGUUUGGAACUGUGUUUGGUUUUGUGGGGUGAUUAUGCGUACCAAGAUGCAAGAGUAUAUACAAGACAAUCCAAACAAUCUUCAAAUCAUUUUUAUACUUCAGUUUGCACAAAUUAAUGUUUGGAGAGAUCGUCCCAAUGUCAACACCUACUAUACAUCCUCAAGAUUGUUCAUUAACUCUGACAUAGAUGAGAUUACUGUUUUCAAGAGAAGGUUAGAUGGGGAUGAUCGUCCUGAUUCCUCUUCACAUACUUUUUCACUUAUUCCUUCUAACCAAGUUUCUGAAUAUGAUGAUUUCGUGGUUAAAAAUAAGCUGAAGACUAUUUCUGAAGUUUGGGAACCCGUGGAGAUAUGUACAUUCAUUAUUGUGGGUACUAUAAAAGGAAUAUUACAAAAUGAAAAAUGGUUUUAUCAAGCGUGUACCAACUGCAGUAGCAAAGCAGUCCCUAUCAAUGAUGAAGUAGAUGGAACAACUAAAUCUUAUGAAUGUCAUAACGAACAUUGCACAAAAACUAAAACAUCUGUAGUUUCAAGAUUUAAGAUCCCGAUCCGUGUGCAAGAUAACACUAGCACAAUCACCUUAACUGUCUUUGAAAGAGAAGGAAGGUAUUUGUUGAAGAAAUCAGCCAAAGAGUUUUUUAACGCAGCAUCCAAGAAUGGAGACAAUGUUGAUUUAUAUGCAGUGGAGAUGAAUGCAUUGAAAGGGUUGAAAUUUGCUUUUAAAAUUUCUUCUACCAGAUUCAAUGUGUCCAAAAAAACCAACCAAUAUGGUAUUUCUAGAGUUACUGAUGAUGAGAGUUUAAUUGAACAACUGGAAGAUAGAUUUACCUGUUCCCAGGCAGAUAAUUCACAGUCAUUAGAUUUUAAUUCAGCUGAUUCUGAAUCUCAAGACAACAAGACUUUAAAGGAUGCAAUUUCUGCUAUGGAUGAUAACAUAACUCCUUCAACUUUGGACAAAAACUCGGCAACAAGUCCAAUGAAGAUUUCAACCACAACACCAGUUUUAAAGCGAGAUCUUCAACAAGUUUUUGAUAUGGAGUCUAAUGAAAAAUUAUCAUCGUCAAAAACUCCAAAGAUAUCUCCAGAUGGUCCAGGAAAAGAAUUGUUAAAGGUAAAGUUGGAAAAAAAAUGGGUGACUUAA